AUCUCGUCAGCGUUUGCGCGUGACCCUGGACACAGGUGAGAUUGAAUGGCCAAGCAUCAGGCAGAAACUCCAGGACUUCUGCGAAAAAAAGGGCUGGGGCAACUGCAAGGUCCAGUAUCUCAACGGCACAGCGCUGGUGAAGUUGUGUGACCCAAGCAGCCUGAGGCGUUACCUUGAGUUGCACUGCCAGGUUUUGGUCGGUGACACUGCGACACUGCCCCUGUAUCUGGUUCCAGAUCCAACGGAUGGCCCUUCUUCAUCUACCACGAGUGGAGAGGAGAUUGUCUUGGAAGUGGACCAGGAGGGCAGCCCGAUGAUCCUGACUCUGGAUUCAGACAUUUUGCUGGGAGAAGGAGGCUUUGGUAAAGUGCUGCGAGCCAAAGACAGAGAAACGCUUACUUCCUAUGCAUUGAAAAUGUCCUUCCAAGAUGAACUGUCGCAGAAACACAUGAAAACAGAGAUUUCCACUUUGGUUCCGCUGACCCAUCCCCAUAUCGUUAGCAUCCUGCAGCAUGGAUGUGUGUUGGAUCCGGUCACUGACCGCCUCCCAGCGUACAUGAUGGACUUGGGCCUGUGCUCAGUUGAUGCUUUGCUUGCCACAGGAUGGCACAACAAGGCAGCUGCUCAUGCUGCGCAGAGAGAUGUGAGUUCCGCACUGCAGCAUCUUCAUUCUAAAAAGUUGGGGCACAUGGACGUGAAGCCCGGAAAUUGGCUUGUUACCAAUAAACUCACAGGGCCCGAUGGCCAAACCCAGCUCGAACUUAAGCUGAUUGAUGCUGGUGGGGCUGGAAGGCUUGACGAAGAUCCUGUGACAUCCUGUACUGCAGGGUAUGCACACCCAAUGCAUCAGGGUGAAGGCUCUACACACAUGAUUGUGAGGUAUGCUCAGGCUUUUUUUGAUUGGUAUGGUUUGCGCAUAUCAAUUUUCCAGCUUUCGAGCUCGGACUCUGACCAUGACCAUGGAGUUCGGACAGACCAGCAAGUCCUUCAGAAGGCUUCAGAGAAUGUGGCAAGCGACAAAAAGUUCAUCCUGCAAGCAGUCCAGGAGAAUGGCUUUGCACUGCAAUUUGCUUCUGAGACGCUUCAGGCUGAUGAGGAGGUCGUGAUGGCAGCAGUUCGACAGCAUGGCUUUGCUUUGCAAUUUGCAUCUGAGAGCCUCCAGGCUACCCAGAGGGUCGGAUUGGAGGCAGUCCAACGGCAGGGGGGUGCGUUACAAUUUGCAUCUGCCAAACUCCGGAGUGACAAGAAGGUUGUCAUGCAAGCAGUCCAGAACUAUGGCCGUGCGCUGAGAUUUGCCUGUGAGACACUGCAGCGUGACAAGGAUGUUGUCAUGUUAGCAAUCCGACAGGAUGGGGAGAAUUUCUUGGGGGAGUACUCUUCGCUGGAAUUUGGCUGCAGGACACUCCAAAGUGACAAGAAUUUUGUUCUGGAAGCAGUCCGACAGCAUGGCCUUGCGCUGAGAUUUGCUUGUGAGACACUCCGGACUGACAGGCAGGUUGUAUUGGCAGCAGUCCAAAACGAUGGCCUUGCAUUGGAAUUUGCAUGCAAGACACUCCAGGCUGACAGGCAGGUUGUAUUGGCAGCAGUCCAAAAGGAUGGCUUUGCACUGCAAUUUGCCAAGACACUCCAGGCUGACAAGGAGGUUGUAAUGACAGCAGUCCGCAAGCGUGGCUUUGCACUGCAAUUUGCUUCUAAGACGCUUCAGGCUGAUGAGGAGGUCGUGAUGGCAGCAGUUCGACAGCAUGGCCUUGCGCUGAGAUUUGCUGGGAAGAAACUUUGGAGUGAUAAGGAGAUUGCCUCAGCAGCCGUCCAGAAUCAUGGCCGUGCGCUCGAAUUUGUAUCUUUGACAUUCCAGAGUCAGAAGGAUUUUGUUCUGGAAGCAGUCCGGCAGGAUGGGACUGCUCUGCAACAUGCUUGCAAGACCCUCCAGGCUGACAAGGACGUUGUCAUGGCAGCAGUCCGGCAACAAGGCUUCGCGCUUUUUUAUGCGAGUGGGACCCUCCAGAGUGACAAAGAGGUCGUCAUGGCAGCAGUCCGGCAGGAUCGCUUCGCCUUGAAUUUUGCUUCUGCGACUCUGCAGAGUGACAAGGACGUACUGGCUUCGGCGAAAGCGCGAGAGAACGGCUUCAAUGUUGACCGGGAUGACAAAUAGAUGAAGAUAGCUUCAUCACUGAGCCCGGUUUUACAUCCGCAGCAUUUUGCCUGUGGGCUGUGUACAUAGCAGAGCACCAGUGCCGAAAACUUGGCCUUGAUCUCUG